AUGGUAGCAGAACCCUACGACACAAUGGUGGCAGAACCCUACGACACAAUGGUGGCAGAACCCUACGACACAAUGGUGGCAGAACCCUACGACACAAUGGUGGCAGAACCCUACGACACAAUGGUGGCAGGACCCCACGACACAAUGGUGGCAGAACCCUACGACACAAUGGUGGCAGACCCCAACGACACAAUGGUGGCAGAACCCUACGACACAAUGGUGGCAGAACCCUACGACACAAUGGUGGCAGAACCCUACGACACAAUGGUGGCAGAACCCUACGACACAAUGGUGGCAGAACCCCACGACACAAUGGUGGCAGAACCCCACGACACAAUGGUGGCAGAACCCUACGACACAAUGGUGGCAGAACCCUACGACACAAUGGUGGCAGAACCCCACGACACAAUGAUGGCAGAACCCCACGACACAAUGGUGGCAGAACCCUACGACACAAUGGUGGCAGAACCCCACGACACAAUGGUGGCAGAACCCCACGACACAAUGGUGGCAGAACCCUACGACACAAUGGUGGCAGAACCCUACGACACAAUGGUGGCAGAACCCUACGACACAAUGGUGGCAGAACCCUACGACACAAUGGUGGCAGAAGACUCAAUACGUCAUAAAAGAGGGGGGGGGAGCAGUGUACUUAUAUAA